GACUCGAUGGAUGUGAGUCUGAGUGAACUCCGGGAGUUGGUGAUGGACAGGGAGGCUGGUGUGCUGCGAUUCAUGGGGUCUCAAAGAGUCGGACACGACUGAGCUACUGAACUGAACUGAAGGACCCUGUUCUCUUCAGAAAUUGAAUGUAAAUUGUUGUGAAGUAAUAGCUGAUCUUGUGGGGUUUGGAAUCACAUUUAACUUGGUUGAGUGUGGAGAGUAUCACUCAUCAGAUUUGCAUCCUGGCAAAAGUCAUUCUUCUCCACCAUUUUAUUCUGUCCAUCUUCUGGUAAUUCAAUCACUGAGAUGAUGUGAGAAUUCAAUAAAAUGAUGAUACAGAAAGCCAGCUCAAAAAUUGCUCAAUAAAUUUUAGUCAUUUUUAAAAAUAUAUAUAUUUAUUUGGCUGCAUUGGGUCUCAGUUGUGGCAAGCAGAAUCUUUAGUUAUGGCAUGUGACUUCUUAGUUGCGGCAUGUGGAAUCUAGUUCCCUCAACAGGGAUCAAACCUGAGCCCCCUGCAUUGGGAGCAUGGAGUCUUAGCCACUGGACCACCAGGAAAGUACCAGUUCUAGUCAUUUUUAUGGCAGCAUGGUGAGUUUCCUGUCACUAGAUACAUUAAAGCAUGUAAAGAUGGACUGUUCAUCAGAAUUGUGGUAGAAAAAGAAUUAAUGUAGAACUUUAGAUAGACAGCUUUCCUUUAAAAUCCAUUCUGAAUCACAGAUACUGCAUAUAUUAAUAUAAGAUGUAAUCAUUAAUCUAAAAGUAGAAUGAUAUAUUUAAAUCAUAUGAUUGAAUCAAAGGAGGUAAUUCAUAGUUUUUUUUUCAUAGGGUUCUGUUUACUGAACACUCUACAAUGUGUUCUGAGCAACAUCUGCUUGUAUCUUUCCUUCGGGUAAAGCAAGAGAAGGGGACAUGUCCCCAGUAGAAAGAGGAGAGUCAAAAAUGGGAACCAGGAGGAAGGGAUUAAUCACUUUUUCACAUAAAAUACUGAUUAUUCUAAAGCAGAGUUGUUGGUUUGAGACCUAUCUGAGCCCCUGCAGGAUGGGAUUAGCACAUGAACCCUGUUACACUGUUAGUUACACACUCUGCAAAGGUACCUUCAAGACCCUCCGUUGCACACAGAUCCCUCUCUAUAAGCGGCUUUCUCUUACGUGUAUUCUGGAGGUGCCACUGACGGUAGGGUAGAGGCAGCGCUGGGAGAUGAUCCUGAAAAACUUAGGUGACCAUCACUUACCAGCAGAGCUGGCUCACGAUAGGGCCCCAAUUAAAAUGCUACAACUACAAACGGAUCAAACUUAUAAAGCACAAAAUUAAAACAAUCCUCCUAAGGAUUCAAAAGAGGAACUGCACACUGAAUAUCUGACCAGCAACUGAUGAUGUUAUCCGCGGAUGAAUCUGAUUGGCUCUCCCAAACUGAGCCGACCCAAUCCAGGAAUAGAGCAAUGAGUUCCUAGGUUGGUAAUAUUUGAGAUGUGGGUGGAGGGGGGCCUUAGUCCUCACCGAGAUUUUUCUGCUCCCCUGCACUUUGCCUUCUUCUGUUCUCCUGCAUGGUGUGCCUUUGGUUCCCCCCAGGCUCCUGGACAGUAAUUCUGCCAGUGAUAGUGAUGGUGCUGAGCCCUCUCCUGGCUUGGGCUGGGAACACCCGAACACUCUUCAUGGUGCAGGGCAAGUCCGAGUGUCACUUCUCCAACGGCACGCAGCAGGUGCGCUUCCUGGACAGGUACAUCUACAACCUCGAGGAGCAGGUGCGCUUCGACAGCCUCGUGGGCGAGUACCGGGCGCGGACCGAGAUGGGGCGGCCGGCGGCCGAGCGCUGGAACCGCUGGCCCCAGGCACUGCAGCGGGCCCGCGCCGCCGUGCACGCCUUCUGCGCCAACAACUACGAGUUCUUUGCGAGCCGCACGGUGCAGAGAAGAGUUCAGCCUACCGUGACUGUGUAUCCUGUAAAGAGUCGGCCCCUAUGGCACCACAACCUCCUGGUCUGCUCUGUGAAUGGUUUCUACCCAGGCCACAUUGAGGUCAGGUGGUUCCGGAACGGCCAGGAAGAGGAGGCCGGGGUGGUCUCCACAGGCCUGAUACCUAAUGGAGACUGGACCUUCCAGAUCAUGGUGAUGCUUGAAAUAGUUCCUCAGGGUGGAGAGGUCUAUGCCUGCCACGUGGAGCACCCCAGCCGGAUGAGCCCUUUCACAGUGGAAUGGAGGGCACAGAACGAAUCUUCGCAAGAAAAGAUGCUGAGUGGAAUCGGGGCCUGUGUUCUGGGUCUGCUCUUCCUUGGGAUGGGGCUGCUCUUCUACAUCAGGAGGUCCCCUGAGCUGGAGCAGAGACCAUGACACUUGGACGAGAACCUUCUGUCCCAGCUUUUUCACAGCUUGAAAAGGUUUCCUACUUCAGACCGUGGGCCUCUUAUUUUAUUACUUUUAGAGCUUUUAAUCGAAGAGAUGCCCCUCUGGUGGCUGCUGGCCUGGCAGUCUUUAUUUGUUAAUUUUAUUGAAAUAUGGUUGAUUUCAGUGUUGUUUUCAUUUCUGCUGUACAGCGUUCACUCCUCACAACGAGAGCACUUUCUCAGGAUCUAAUUUGCUCUGGGUUGAAUGACCCUGCAGAAAAGUGCUGGGUGGCUUCUUCGGCCCCUACUCUGCUGCACCCAGAAGUCUCCAAGAUUGAUCCCAGUACCUUAUCUUCAUUCUUUCCUGGUCCUCUUUGUUCUCUGCCCCUGCUGCCUCCAUCCGUCCACAUUUCUUUAUAUGUAUUUUUUUGAAAUACAAGAGAGUGGAAUCUUCGUACAGAUUAGACAGGCAUGGUGUGUAUUCAUGAUAGCAUUAAGUCGGAAGUCAGUUUCAACUGCUCAUUGAUCUCAUUCCUCUAAUUAAGUUCCUUUAAGUUUAGAAAGGAACAGAAAUGGGCAAAAGGGGAAGGAGCCAAAGAGCUACUUUCCAAAAGCAACAAAUUUGAGUAAGGUGAUACAUAGAAGCAGAAAAUUACAACUCUGUAAUCAGAACAGAGUUUUUAACAUUUUCUUAUAGCAUAAAGAUUAAAGAGGGGAAAGGCAGAAAAAUAACUAUAGCCCCUUUUGUGUUGUGUUUAUUCAACUUGGGAAUAAACACAACACAAAAGGCGCUCUUUUGAGACAAAAAAUACAAAAAGGGAAGGGAAAAAGUACAGAAGCCGAAUAGGUAAAUGAAGAUAAAAUGCUAUCAGCAGGAAAAAAGACUAUUUUAUCUACGAUAUGUUUUAUAUGAACUUCAUGGUGGCCACAAAACAUAAAUCUAGAACAGAGAUAUAAAACAUUAAAAAAAAAGGGAACUGAAGAAGACAUACUGUAAAGCCACCAAGUUAAAAUGGCAGAUAGAAACACAAGGAAAAA